ACCGACGCCCGGUUACGCAACGCAGUCAAGACUAAUGUUAAGCGGUUAUUUUAUUUUUAUUUUUUUCGCAGCAAAUAUUCCGUCGACAUGGUCAGCCAGCAGCUUGCCAUCGAGCACGCAAACAAGCAAAGAAUCCCGGAAACGGACCUGCACAUGUACAUUAACCCGAUGGCACCGCCACCGACGCCCAAGUGCGAUAGCAUCGCGGAGGAGCAACUGUACAAGCUGCACAAGCACGUGCUGGAGCUGAAGCCACCGAAGCGGAAGCGCGUCCACUAUCGCGUCCACUCGUCGGAGGAGGCGGAAGGGGCACCGUGCAAUCCGAAGGGUCAGAGCUACUAUGACAUCUGCUACGGCAAGGUGGAGGUGAAGGAGCCGAAGUUUAACUUGCGUCCGCAGGAUGGGCCAGUGUGUGACAACUGCCAGGACAAAUCGACGGCCGAGGAUAUGGACGAGUCGGAGGAGGACUAUUCUCCCGAGCAGCCCAUCAAGUACUGCUCGAAGUGUUCGAAGACUAAGAGCAAAUGUGGUUGUGCGACGUGUGCCAAUAGUUACGUCGAAGAGACGGAAGAGGACGACAGUCCGUACUUCCGUCGGGCACGCUCUUCCGAUGAUGGCGUAUCGGGGCUGGUAGUCUAGGAUGUGAAUGGGAGGGCAGACUAUUUCGCUGAUUUCCUGUUGUGAUAUGCUAGUAUAAACCUAGUGGUUUGCUGUUCCACAUUUGCAUACAUGCUUGUACAUAAUAACAAGAAAAUAUAAUGUGUUUGUGAUAAUUAUAUCUGAGAGUUUUGAUUUCUAACGUC